AUGACCCCAGACGAGCUCCAAGCCCUUGUCCCCUCCCUAGCGGGGGACUUCAAGUCCAUUGAUGCCCACCUUCGUGCACUCGACAAGCAUCUUACCCUCCGCUCAUACAUCGAUGGAUACACUCUAGGGGACAUCGACACCAAGAUCUGGCUUGCGCUUCGAAGCAACCGGGCUGCCCUCGGAUUCGUUCGCAAGGGAUCGCUCGCCAAUCUGUCGCGAUGGUUCACCUUCGUCGAGAAGAACCAUCCCGAAAUUCAGGAAGAGAUCAAGUCUGCCGAGGCGGCGAAGGCCGCAAAACAGGCUGCUGCUGGAAAGGCCGGCGGUAGCUACAACAUCACUCUUCCGGAUGCAGAGAAGGGUGUCGUUACUCGAUUCCUGCCCGAGCCAUCUGGAUAUCUUCAUAUCGGACACGCCAAGGCCGCUCUCCUCUGCGACUACUUCGCCCACCGCUUAUAUGACGGCAAGCUCCGUCUUCGACUCGACGAUACCAACCCCGCGAAGGAAAGCGAGGAGUUCCAGGAUGCCAUCAUUGAGGACUUGCGCCUAAUGGGCAUCAAGGCCGACUCUCUGUCUUACACCUCGGACUACUUUGAUUACCUUUACGACGAGUGCAAGAGGCUCAUUAGCGAGGGCCAUGCGUACGCAGAUGAUACCGACACUGAGACGAUGCAGAAGCAGCGGUUCGACGGUAUCGAAUCUCAGCGCCGAAACCGAUCUGUCGAGGAGAACUUGCGUAUCUUCGAGGAGAUGAAGGCAGGCUCGGAGGAGGGGCUCAAGAACUGUAUCCGUGCGAAGAUUUCAAUCGACAACCCGAACAAGGCCCUGCGAGACCCCGUGGUCUACCGGUGCAACCCCAGCGACAUCCAUCACCGAACCGGCAAUAAAUGGAAGAUUUAUCCCACAUACGAUUUCGCGUGCCCGGUUGUAGACAGCCUCGAAGGAAUCACGCACGCGCUAAGGGCCACCGAGUACACGGACCGCAACCCUCAAUACCAAUGGUUCAUUGACACCUUGAAACUUCGCACGAUUCAUCUUUGGGACUUCUCACGACUCAACUUUAUCAAGACCUUCCUUUCCAAGCGCAAGCUUGCGAAGCUCGUAGAUACCGGCAAGGUUUGGGGAUGGGAUGACCCCCGUAUGCCAACCAUCAGGGGUAUCCGCCGUCGUGGUAUGACCAUUGCUGCUCUUCGAGAUUUCAUUAUCAGGCAAGGGCCGAGUCGCAACAUCUCUCUCCAGGAUUGGAAGUCGUUCUGGGCCACCAACAUCAAGGAAAUUGACCCUGUGGCCCCUCGUCACACCGCUGUCCUGAAGAAGGAUAUCGUCAAGGUAACGCUUACCGGCAAGGAAGCGCCCGCGGAGCCCUUCAAGCAGGACAAGCCCAAGCACCCCAAGAACCCGGAAGUUGGCACCAAGAAGGUCACGUACUCUUCGCAUAUCGUUCUUGACCAGGCCGAUGCCAAGUCCUUUAAGAAGGACGAGGAAAUUACUCUCAUGUCCUGGGGUAAUGCGUUUGUUCGAGAGAUCGACCCAAGCGAUCCCAUCAAGACUCUUACUUGUGAGCUGAACUUGGCUGGAGAUUUCAAGUCUACCGAGAAGAAGAUUACUUGGCUGUCCAGUGAGGGUACAAACCUCGUCCCGGCCGAGCUCUGGGAGUUCGAUUACCUUAUUACCAAGGAUAAGUUGGAGCCGGAUGACGAGUUGGAGGACUGCCUCAACCCAGUGACCGAGUCUAUGGAGGAGGCGUUGUGUGAUGAGGGUGUAGCUCUCCUUAAGAAGGAUGAUAUCAUCCAACUCGAGCGCCGGGGCUUCUACCGGGUUGACAAGGGCCUUGCUGACUGGAAGGAGGGUGAGGCCAAGCGCGUGGUUCUUUUCGCAAUUCCCUCCGGAAAGUCGAAAUAG